AUGGAUAUUGGCAGCGCAGUCAUAGGCUUGUCUGGGCUGAUUGCAGUAUUCGACAAAGCAUGCGAGGUUUGGCAUGUCAUCCAAGCCGCGAAAAACUUUGGCGAUGACGUCGGCGGCUCGAUUCGCCGACUUGAAGUCGAGUUCUUCCGUUUUCAAACCUGGUGGAAGGUAGUGUAUAAGCUGGACGUCUUGCCGGCGAGAUCUGGUAGGGACAUGUCGUACUCGGAGAUGCCUAUCUUGGCUACGCAUUUGUCCAACCCUUCUCAAAAUCCCAUUGUCAGUAUUGCUCAUAGCAUUUUGGGCAUCCUGCAAGAUAUUGAGGGUCUCCUUCGAAGCUCGGGUGCCUUGGCCGUCCUGGACUCUCGAAUCGCCAUGACCAGCUCUCCAGAAAACAGUGGACAUGUGUUGCCCAAGCAACUUGGAGACCAGAUCAAUGAUGCAAAAUCAGCAACGGAAGGGCUAAGCCGCCACUUGCUAUCUGCCGUUCCAUGGCGGAAGCGAGUGAAGCACGAUGCAACCCCCUGGCGACGAUCCAACAAGGUGCUUUUGGACGAUAAGCUUGACAAGUUUCAUGAAUGGAACAAUACCCUAUAUAGUAUUCUACCCCAUGAGCUCCGGGACAGCAUUCUUCGACAAGGUAUGUCGGGGCACCUGUUGGCUAAUCCUGAGGAAGCGAGCUUUUUGGCGGAGCUUGAUCAGGGAGCCAUAAGCCAACAGGCCAAGCUUCUACAAAUCCACAGGAAACUUGCCGAAAAUACCUCUAUGAGCUCGUCAGGGACGGGUGACGCGAGAGACAGAUUGAUUUCUUUCAACAUGUCAGACGUGCAGGUGUAUGACGGUGAACAAUUCUCGGUUGUACGCCAAUCAAAUGGGCAACAAGCGUAUUUGAUCGAGUGGUACCAGAUCCCAGAAACGGGAGGAGGAGGUGUUGAGCUGCGUUCGAUCGCCCGGGAGAGGCUGGCCAAGCUUUCGAUUCUCCUAAGCUCGGAAAAUAAGCCCUCGACACUCUGCGCUGCCGACAGUGUUGGCUACGUGGAAACCGACCAGUUCUACAGAUUUGGUCUGGCAAGUCACAUCCCCGAGGGCGCAUCUUCCGACAAGCUGCCAGUCACCCUGCACAGCCUUCUUUGCCGAAAGCCAUUUCCCGGUACCUCGUCUAGAACACCUCUUCCAAGCUUAAGUCAACGUUUUCGUCUUGCCUCAAGCCUUGCAACCAGCCUCUACACCUUCAUGCUCGCGCGAUGGCACCACAAACUUUUCAACUCCAUGAACAUCUACUUCAUGUUCCACAAGUCCGAGAGCAGGUUACCAAAUCUUGACAGCCCAUUAGUCGGCGGCUAUAGUGUCUCACGACCAUCUGCGACAGGAGAGAUCUCGAUAUGUGCGACACAGUCUUCGCUGUCUGAUUCUUACCUACACCCACAGCUUCGAGUACCCGCUCAGGAGAGACCAAAAUAUGCCAUCAAGUACGAGAUCUACUCGUUGGGACUGCUGCUUGCCGAGAUUGGCUUCUGGCAACCAAUCCUCAAGGUUGCGGCGGCUAGUUCGCCACGACACGGCCUGCACUCGGCGGAGGGCCUGAGAAACGCAAUUAUCCAGAAGACUUCCACCGACUUGGCUUGUUGGAUGGGGGAGCAGUAUAGAGAUAUAACCUUGCGUUGUUUAAAGAUUGGGGACGAGCUUGGUGAGAGGACUGGGGAUGGUUUAUCUGACUUCUACUGGGGUGUGGUCUUGGAAUUGGUACGGUUCGCAGAGCGUGUCAAAGUCCUGAGAUGUCCCUAG